CUGACGUGUUUUUAAUAGAGAAAAAAAGAGUCUUGAAAUAAGUUUGGAUUUAUUUAUUUAAUUAUACUAUAAGUAGUCAGUCACAACACACCAACAGACCACAAAAUGGUUCGUCAUAAAUUCCUCCUCAGCAUCAUAUUACAGAUAGCUCUAUUAUCAGUGAUUGCUAGCGCAAAUAGGGAUUUUUAUAAAAUUUUGGGUGUCACAAAAUCAGCGACAAAAAAUGAGAUCAAAAAAGCAUAUAGGAAUCAAGCUAAAACAAUGCAUCCCGAUAAGAAUAAAGACGAUCCAAAUGCUAGUGAGAAAUUUGCAGACUUGUCAGCUGCUUAUGAGAUUUUAAGUGAUGAUGAUAAGCGCAAAUUGUACGAUAGAUGUGGAGAAGAAUGUGUAAAGAAGGAAGGGAUGUUUGAUAACAAUGGAAUGGAUCCGUUUGCUAGCUUCUUUGGUGAUUUUGGAUUCAAUUUUGGUGGAAAUGAUCAAAGACAGGAAGUCCAUAAAGGAGCUAAUAUCGUUAUUGAUCUUUAUGCAUCAUUAGAAGAAAUGUAUACAGGAAAUUUCGUGGAGAUAACAAGAAACAAGCCAGUAUUGAAGCCUGCAUCAGGAACCAGAAAAUGUAAUUGUCGACAAGAAAUGGUUACGAGAAACUUGGGUCCUGGACGAUUCCAAAUGAUGCAACAGACUGUCUGUGAUGAAUGUCCAAAUAUUAAGCUUGUAAAUGAGGAAAAGCUUCUUGAAGUUGAGAUUGAAACUGGUGUUCAAGAUGGACAUGAGCAGAAGUUUGUAGCCGAAGGAGAACCUCAUAUGGAUGGUGAACCUGGUGAUUUAAUACUUAAAAUUAAGCAAAUGCCACAUCCAAAGUUCGAGAGGAGAGGCGAUGAUUUAUACACAAACGUAACAAUUAGUCUACAAGAUGCUCUCAUUGGAUUCUCAAUGGAAAUCGUACAUCUUGAUGGACACAAAGUGUCAAUUGUCAGGGAAAAAGUAACAUGGCCUGGUGCCAGAAUCCGAAAGAAGGGUGAAGGAAUGCCUAGCUUUGAAAAUAAUAAUCUUUUUGGGACACUUUAUAUUACAUUCGAUGUGGAAUUCCCAAAACAAGAUUUCACAGAUGAACAGAAGGAGAAGAUCAAAGAGAUAUUAGUACAAGAGUCGAACAACAAAGUUUAUAACGGAAUUCGGAUGUAAAUUGUGUUCUAUGACUAGUGAAAUAAUUUCUUGAGACUUAUAAAUAAAAUAAUAAGUAUAAAAAAAUACCAAAAAUAUAUUGAUUUUC